GGGGCCGCCGUCGGGGGUGCGGGCGCGGGAGGCGACGCGGGGCUGCAGGGGCCCAGGCGGUGCCAUCGCUGCGCGGGCAGGUCCCGGAGGGAGCGCGGCGCUGCGGCCGCCGCUGUCCGGGUUCGGGUUGACGUUGCAGGGACCCUCUGGGCGGCGCCCCAGAACCGGCCCCCGCGCCCGCGUCCUGCGGGCACCGGUCUGCCGGGUGCGCCUCCGCGCGUGCGGGUCAGCGGCUGGGGACGCACCGCGCAGCCGGUGCAGGGCAGACUCUGCGGAGAUGAGACCUGCAGUUCCGGGUUUUGGCGGUACCGGCCCGGGGAAACGAGGGCGGUCCUCUGGGUUCUGGCGGGUCCCGGAGCCUGACGGCCACUGGGGCUCAGGUGCCUGAGACGGGUUUGCAGCCGGCCUCCCGCUGAGCGUGGCGUCCGCGCGGCCCCGGGAUGUACAUGCAGGUGGAGACGCUCUCCAGUUCCCGCCUCCAUCUGAAGAGGGCGCCGGGCAUCCGGUCCUGGUCCCUGCUGGUCGGAAUCCUGUCCAUCGGCCUGGCUGCUGCCUACUACAGUGCAGAUAGUCUGGGCUGGAAGAUCUUCUACGUCACCGGCUGCCUGUUCGUGGCCGUGCAGAACCUAGAGGACUGGGAGGAAGCCAUCUUCGACAAGAGCACCGGCAAGGUCGUGCUGAAGACGUUCAGCUUGUACAAGAAGCUGCUGACCCUCCUCCGAGCAGGCCACGACCAGGUGGUGGUCCUGCUGAAUGACAUCCGGGACGUGAACGUGGAGGAGGAGAAGGUGCGCUACUUCGGGAAGGGCUACGUGGUGGUGCUGCGCUUCUCCACCGGCUUCUCACACCCCCUCACCCAGAGCGCCAUCAUGGGCCACCACAGCGAUGUGGAAGCCAUCGCCAGGCUCAUCACCAGCUUCCUGGAGCUGCACCGCCCGGAGAGCCCCGAGGAGCCGUCUCAGAGCAGUGACAGCGAGGCCGACAGCCCCGCCGAGCAGGGCUGACCGGGAGCCCGCGGCCGUGGAUCUGAUGGUGCCUCAGCAGGCCAGCCUUCCUCCUCGCCACCCAGCUGUGUCCCCAGCAGCCCCUGGGCGGGGCCCUGGGCCACUCCUGCUACUUGCUGCUGCCCUCUGCAUAGAGCCACGGCUGGGCUCCAAGGCGCCCGGGGAGGGUGUGGCCUCGGAUCUGCCUCUGGGAGCCAGGCGGCCCCAGCCUGGGCGGUGUGGGCGUGAGUGCGGUGGGUGGCGUGGCCUGGUCUGGGCUUAUCCACCCCACAGCCAACCAGCCGGGUGUGCUCCAGCCUCUGAAAGGGGAGGGGGGGCAGGCUCCCCAGGGCAUGGCCUGAGGCUGGUGUUCCUGCACCCAACUGAGGUUGGCCACACGGUCCCUGAGGCAUUCAGCUCCAAGGUCACCGCCAGGCUUCAGCUUGUCUUGGACCAACCAGGAUGGUGCUGUGCUGUCUUGGGGCAGAUCCCCUCCCAUCCCGUCCCCUCAGCCCUGGCAAAGCCUGCUUGGCAAGAAGAGGUUCUCCCAGCCUCGUGCACUGUUUCAAGCUGGGACCUCGCUCUGAGACGCCAGAUGCAGCUUCUCUAGAACCUGAGAAGACCUGUCAGCCGGGCCCCUUUGUGGGGCAGGAAGUGGGCUGCACCCACGGAACUGGGCACCGAGCACCAGCAGGCAGAGCCUGGAUCGCCCAUGGGCUGCGCUGCCGGGUGACAUGGACCGUGGUCUCUGUGGGUCUCCCUUCUCAGCAGGGGCUGCGACCAGCCCUUGGCUUGAGCACAGGUGGCUCGGACCUGCUCGAGUUGGGUUCCACAUGAACCGCUGUACCGAGCUGUGCACGUCUGCUCCCCUGGGGGCUGAGAGCCUGCUUGCCCCCCCCACACACACCCCGGGUGGGACUGUUGUGGACCCUCCAGGCCCUGUGAACACCUGAGUGCAGCCAGGUGGUAGCGAGGUCGGUCACAUUCCUGCCAGCCUGACCUCUAGCUUCUACUCUCUUUAUUUCACGAGAAUUAAAGUUCUGCGUGCAGAUCAGUGAA